CUUUCUCCUUCAACCCCUUCCCGAGGUUGCUAGCUUCCCCAGUCUCUUUUCUCAGGUCUCCCGUAAUUAACCGUUAGCAGACUGAUGAGCAAAGACCCAGGCGCUCUCCCACCGCUAGCUGACCGUGUAAAGCUAAGCCCCGGGAUCCACCCCCCUGCCUCUCCCCGCCCGCUCUUCUCUGGAUUGCCGCGAGGAUCAAGAGCUCGGGGCCGCGGCUAAACUCCCACGUCGUCCUUCGGGGCCCGCAGCCAGCCACACCCCGGCGCUGGGACCUACGAAUCCCGCCCUCAGCCUCGGGAGAUCCGUCCGGUCCAGCAGGUGUGUCCCUUCCGCACCUGCGAGCGGAACCCGGGCUCUCCUGGCGCCAGAGCCCGCGGGGGAGCGGAUCUGCCGUUUCGCAGUCCCGGUCCGCCGCGAACCCGCGCUGGAGGUGAAGGGAGGGGCGCCCUCCGCCCGCCCCGGAGCCGCGCCAACCCAGUUCCCUCCCCUACCCCGUAGGGAGCGGCUGCCUCCGCGCUCGGCCUCCACGCCCGCCCUGCAGCCCCGCGCCCAAGCUCCCCUCCCGGCGAAAGAUACGUGCUCCGCUCCCGGGGCGCCGCUCCGGAGCCCCGAAUCUGCGGCGCCGCGCGCGGAGGGUUAAUCCCAACCGCCCCCGCCCCGCGGAGUCCGGGGGCCGGGUCGCCGAGAGCACCUCCCAUUGGCCGAGGAGCCGGCUCGGCGCUGAUUGGCUGGCGCUGCGGGCCCCGGCUGCCUCGGCUUCCCAUUGGGCGCCGCCCUCGGGUGGCUGGAGUGUGGCGGUCCGGCCUCCGCAGGCUGCGCGGGGCCGAGCUAGCUGCUGCCGGUUCGCUGGGCAGCUGCCUGGGGACGCUGCUCCUGGGCCGGAGUUCCGACUUCCUUCCCGAUACAGACGCCGCCGAUCUUCUCCCGGAUCGUCUUCCUCCGUAACCUGCUGCUUUCCUUUUUCCUUCCUCCCGGCUCCCACCUCCCGAAUCCCCGCUGCCCUCUCCUGCUCCAGGGCCCUCCCGGAGCCGAGCAUCCCCGGCAUCCACCUGCCAUCCUCCUGGCUUCUUGCCCUUCCUUGACCUCAGGUCCCGUGACCCACGGAGCCCCGUCGUAACCUCACCAGACUCUCCUAAACUCCUUUUCCUCCUCUCUCUGCCAGCUCCCCACUCCAAAUUCUAGCUACCCUUGACCUCUUGACCUCUGACCCUGACCUUCUCAAUGGCUAUCUCCUGCAGCGGUGAGGACUGCUGACACGGAGUCCUGCCUCUGAGUUCUGCUUACACCCCACCCUCCCACCCCACCCCCCGUUUCUGAAGCUUGUUUUUCACUUUCUUACUCCUGGGCCACUUCCUGUUACUGCUACCCCACCAUGGACUUUUUGAUGAGUGGCCUGGCGGCCUGCGGGGCCUGCUUGUUCACCAACCCCCUGGAAGUGGUAAAGACCAGGAUGCAGUUGCAGGGGGAACUGCGGGCCCCCGGCACCUACCAGCGGCACUACCGAAACGUCUUCCAUGCCUUCAUCACCAUCGGCAAGGUGGAUGGCCUGGCUGCGCUGCAGAAGGGCCUGGCCCCUGCUCUCUUAUACCAGUUCCUGAUGAAUGGCAUCCGCUUGGGCACCUACGGGCUGGCUGAGGCUGGGGGCUACCUGCACACGGCAGAAGGAGCCCUCAGCCGUCCCCGCAGCGCCGCAGCUGGGGCCCUGGCUGGGGUCAUGGGAGCCUACUUGGGGAGCCCCAUCUACAUGGUGAAGACACAUCUACAGGCACAGGCAGCCUCAGAAAUUGCCGUGGGUCACCAGUAUAAGCAUCGGGGCAUGUUUCAGGCGCUAAGCGAGAUUGGCCAGAAACAUGGGCUGGUGGGGUUGUGGCGCGGGGCCCUGGGCGGCCUGCCCCGAGUUAUCAUCGGUUCCUCCACCCAGCUGUGCACCUUCUCCUCCACCAAGGACCUCAUCACUCAGUGGGAGAUAUUUCCACCCCAGAGCUGGAAGGUGGCUCUGGUGGCUGCCAUGGUGAGUGGCAUCGCCGUGGUCCUGGCCAUGACACCCUUUGAUGUGGUCAGCACGAGGCUCUACAACCAGCCCACUGAUGCCCAGGGCAAGCUUGAGUGGUCGUGUGCCGCUUCCAGUCUGCGACGAGAGAAGAAUUAGGCACAAACAAGUCAGCUGCUCAAGAGAUUGGGAGCACGGGACAAGAGUCGAAAAGGACUGCUGCCACGAGCAACUCCACAGUCUCACUUUUAUUGGAUAGAAAAUAGGCAACAGAAGGACUGAUAAAAGUCAAACGUUAGUCACGUCUUGCAGGCAAGCAAGGAAGAAGGUAAGGUUUAUAGUUGACCAAGCACAUUCAAAGGACUCAUCUAACUAACAACGGGCACUUCUGGGAAGGGAAAGGAGCGAUCACGGAAAAGGGAAGCAGGCGGUUUCGUUCCACCCUGAGCUGACCGGGCGUUCCCGGGUGCUCGGCUUCCCUGAAGCAGGCGGCGUCCGCCCUGGGCGGGCCGGGCUUUCCCGGCUGCCCAACUUCACGGUCGUACGUCGUCCUUCUCCCAAAGACCUGCUGCCAGUAUAUGUAUUUCUUAAGGCCAUAUCUAAAUGUGUUUGGUAACUAAUAAAAUCUUCCAAGGGUUACAGUUUAAGUAACAAAUUGUUCCGAGGGGCAAGUGGCGCCCGAACAGGGUUGGGGCCAGACCAGACCUGAUCUGAUCAGAAAUAAAACAGGAGAAGAAGCCCCAACGUGAGUUUUGCACAGCCGUGCGUUUUUCCUGCUGGUAAGUUGUGGGCCAUUAUCACAGGGUAUGGGUAAUCUAGAGAGCACAAACGAUUAUCGCCUUUACGUUUAUUUAUUGAGAAGGCUCCUGAAGGCGGGAGGAGGAAAAGUCCGCGAGGGCCAACUUAAGGCGCUUUUAAAGGUAACUGAAGAACAUUGCUCCAGGUUUCCUAUAUUAGGGACUUUAGAUUGACAAACAUGGGAAAAAGUAGGUCACGAAUUAAAACUUUCGUAUCUGAAAGGAAAGCAAAUUCCAGUCAUUAUAUUGCCUACUUGGACCCUCAUUCGCUCUGUUUUGGACUUUACAAACCCUUGAUUCAGAAAGCGAUAAUGAAUGUUCAGGAGAAACUAAAAAAGAGGAACCUGAACAUGCCAUCCAGGAGAAGGAAUAAACUAUUAAGGCCACCAGAAAGGAAUAUAGAAAGGAGGGGCACCUGUGUGGCUCAGUGGGUUAAGCCGCUGCCUUUGGCUCGGGUCAUGAUCUCGGGGUCCUGGGAUUGAGCCCCGCGUCUGGCUCCCUGCUCCACAGGAAGCCUGCUUCCCUC